AUGGCAACCAUCACCCUCUACGACCUUGCCCGACGUGUGCAGCCCAACCAAUGCUGGUCCUACAACGUCUGGAAAACUCGCAUGGCUCUGAACUAUAAGGGAAUCCCGUAUACCACUGCCUGGGUUAAUCACGUCACCCUGAGACCCACCUUGGAGUCAAUCGGGAUCCCUCCCAAUACAUCCAACCAGGGCUUUGAAUACUCCGUGCCCACGAUCCAGCUCAGCGACGGAUCCGCGCUGACAGAGUCUUCUCUCAUUGCCGCCAAACUGGAGGAGAUCCAGCCCUCACCUUCGCUGCACCUGGACGCUGCUCUGCAGGCGGAAGCAGACAAAGUCGUCCGCAUGGCUUGCUUUCCUCUCUACGCCAGAUAUAUGCCCCUGGUCGCUCGCGAGAUCAUCGACGAGUCCACUCUGCCCGCUUUUGAGAAGACUCGCGAGGCACGGUUUGGUAUGACUCUGCAGGAGAUGGAGGCGAAGGCUGGGGAUGGGAUCUGGGAUGCUGCCGAGCCUGGCUUUGUGGCCGCAGGAAAGCUCCUGAGCGAGCAUAAGGUGGAUGAGGGGCCUUUCAUUCUUGGGAGCCAGGUUUGCUAUGCGGAUUUUAUUCUGGUGGCUAUGUUCGAGGCUUUCAAGCGCGCGGAUCAGGGGAUGUUUGAGAGGGCUAUUGGCCGGAAUGCGGCUUUCCAGGCUCUGUAUGAUGCUUGUCAGGAAUGGGUGCAGAAUGCCCAGUAG